GAAGCUUUUCAGUUGAAAAAAGUUUCUUCAAAUCAGCAGAGCAUCAAGCGAUGGAAAAUUCCAAUCGCUUUGUGAUAUUUGGAUUGAUUUUUCUGCUGAUUGCCCACCUGGGAGCCACUCACACGUUGCACCGGGAAAAGCGGCAAAUGUACUCAAACAGCAUGGUGGCCACUGGAAUGAUGCCGGGGGAUGACGGUAGUGACCGGGCGAUUCCUGGGCUCAGUGAAAUUCAAACGGCUAUCGAAGUGGCACAAUUCCUGAUCAGGGUCGGCCAGCAGGUGGUUCCAGUUAUACUGGAGAAUAUUACGCCUGCGCCAUGAGGUAGAAUUUGGGAGUUGAUUGAGGAAUGGGGUUCGAGUUCGAAACGUAUCAGGAAAACUUCAAGAAAUAUUGUCGACCUUAGUGAAUGUAUUUGUUAUUAAAUGAAUGUAAUUAACAUAAAA